CUUACAUUGGCUUGUCCGUCUUGUCAACACAAACAGUGAGGUAAUCAGUGCGAGCGUAAUCGUGGUUGAAAACCUGGUAUCUUGACUCAUCUCCCACUCGAAUACUCUGUUUGCGUCGAUUUCCGGGAUAACGUUUCUCCUUCAAGUAAUCCUGUCACAGCCUUCUUUCCAAUCUCUCUUCACGUCAUGUCAGCCUUCUCUCAAGCUUUCCAAGCUAUAUCAUCCUCCUCAUCCUCUUCUUCUCAACCCAACACUGGUCUCGCUAUUCGCGGGAAAUCCAUCGGUGCCCCGCCCAAGCGGAGUAUCCAAACCGCUCUCCGAGGUGCCGGUCUUACCAAGGAGUCAAACCCCCAAAUGCAAGUCGACGGCAUCGGCGCCCUCGGACAAGAACGUCGUGUGAAGAGAAGAGAUGGACCUCUUGAUCAGUCCGGCCGUCAUCGCGGACCAGCAUCAGCCACUCCCUAUGACAGACCACGUCAUGAUGGUCAGAUUUCUCCCUCGACCUCAAAUCUCGCCGCCAGGAUCAGUGGCCCAGAUAGGACUUCCAAAAAGGAACUUCUUCCUAAACGCCCCAAGAGCGGAAUGCCCAUCUUCGCGACCGCACGAUCGUCCGAGCGUCGGGAGAAAAUGAAGGUGCAGCACGCGAGACUCAACGCUGUUCUGGGUGGCGAAGAAAUCAAACAAUGGCUUCGAUCCAGAAUGAUCAGCGAAGGCGUGUUAGACAUGUCGGGACUGCCUCAAGACGAAUGGUUGAAGAAAAACGACAUUCUUCCGCCCAGUCAUAGAGAUGCACCCACAACCGCAGGUGUCGUCCUCUGGAAGCUUGUUGAUCAGGUCAUACAAAAGACGGGAGGCAUACAAAUCCACACGUUGUCGUUGGCGAGAAACGAUUUCGUCAACUUUCAACAGCUGAUCAGACUACCCCACUCUCUUCCUCACAUCCGAGCCAUCGAUUUCAGCGACAACCCCAUCAACAGUUUCCACGAAUUAUCUCUCUUAGCUGGUCCCGGCGAUUCUAAAGGGAAAGCCCUAAACUCGCACGGUAGUCUCAAGGCACUUGUAGAGCUUAAAUUCAAUGGAUGUCUGUUCCGCGAGGCGGCUCUGAAGGAAGAAGGCGGUGGCGAGAAAUAUCAAUCAGAGAUCUUGCGACGUUUUCCCGGUCUUCUCAUUUUAGACGGCAUUCAACUCAAUCGUAUCGUCUUCCCAAUCACACGUAAACCUCGCGUAUCACGGAAGAGAGAAGCCCUCGAACAACUUCGUGCGCGUCCGUUCACAUUUCCUGUCGACAUCCAAGCCGGAUUUGCCGAGAACGAAAUUGCAAAGAACAUCGCAAUGGCCUUCUGUGCCAAAUUCUUCCCUCUAUGGGACACCUCACGUGCUCUUCUCAUCGACGGAUAUUCGCCCAAUGCCACAAUCUCCAUAUCAGUCAAUACGAUCGGUUCUUUCUCUGCUCUGGCCGAUGACGUACGAGCUACUCGAGCUACCAGACCUCCGUCGUCGUCAUAUGAUCGAUGGUCAAAUCUGCCCAGUCGCAAUCUCUUCCGAGGCAAGUCGGCCCGGACCGCAGAUGCUCUCAAAAGUCCCGCCGAUCGUGAAGGUCUGUUGAAAUGGUGGAAUGACAAUGUACCCCAAACUCGGCAUCCACUGGAGGAUGCUAGCAAGUGGAAUGUUGACGCAUGGGUGUUGGAUGGGGAAGGAGUGACCACUCGGUUAUGCGCCAUGAUCACUGGAGAGUUUCAGGAAUUGCCUUCGAUGGCAUACAGAACUUUCUCAAGGACUGUUGUUUUGGUAGAUGCACCAGAGGGGUCAAUGGCAAGAAAUUCAGGCUGGCCAGCAUCGAUCCUCUCUGACACUCUCAUAGUUCAUCCAUAUUUCGGCACAGCAUCAUUCGACACCACUUGUUCUCUCGCAAAAGACGGAAUCACGAUUUCACCACCUUCUUCACUCCCUUCGGUCACUCCGAGCCUGUCAAAUGCCGAACAACAGAAAGAAGUGUUGAUCACGCAAUUGAGACAGAGAACAGGGAUGAAUGUGACGUUCAGCACUUUGUGUCUGGAGCAAAAUGGUUGGGAUCUAGAAAUAGCUUAUAAGAACUUUGAAGAAAUCAGGGGUAAUAUUCCUCCUGAAGCGUAUAUCUAAGCACGGGGAUUUCUUCAGGCUCAACGGAGGGAGUGUCAUGAAUAUCUGAUGUCGCAAUAAGAAUGGAUGGGGCGCAUUGGAUGGGAUUGACAAGAUGAUGAAGAUAUUGGAUCGGAGAAUGAUCAGUAAAGAAUGGUGUGAGGAAUAAGGACAAGACAAGUGUUUAGGUAAAUCGAGGAAAUGAGUUAUGAGUUAAAAGGAAUGAAGGGAAUUCGAAAGAGGAGGAUAAAUAAAAGUGUUUCAGUUCAUAUAUCAUAACAAAAGUCGGAAAUCGGCGUUUCGUACGCUUUCUGCAUGUCUGACAAACC